AUGUGUGGUUAACCAUGUAUAUCACCGCACAGACUUUAACCUCGAUAUAGUUCUGUGCGUUUUUCUCAUCGCGUUGUUUUUUUCAUGAAGUAUCUUGGCUUUCAAGGAGUGUAAUGGAUGUCCAGCUCCCGUGCCUUGAAUCGCCUGGUGGGUGUUUCAUAAAGCUGUUCGUAGAUCAAGAGCGGCCUUAAGGACGACUGGUAUCCCUUAUUGAGGUAAAUGGUUUAUUGGCGAUGGUUAAGCAAGUAUAAGAAAGGAUCACCAGUCGUUCUUAAACUCGCCUUAACUUACGAACACCUUUAUGGCACCCCCGUCACCUUACGCGGACUGUACAGCUGAUUAUAGUGCUUUAGACAACAAUUAAUUGUAUCUUUGAGAAGGAACUACAUUAUCAGACGUAGACUCCACGACAUCUAAUCGUAUAUUCAAAAUGGCAGCCAAUAACCGAGAACCAGAAGACGAACCUAAGGAGCCUACGCUAACCUAUGAAAACUACCUGAACAUUGAGAAGCUCCUGUCUUGCUUACAACUUCGAUCCCCGAAAUUUGGCAAAUCUGAGCACGAUGAACACCUUUUUAUUACCGUGCACCAAGCUCACGAACUUUGGUUCCGGCAAAUGAUUUUCGAAGUCGAUUCCAUCCGAGCUACCUUACGUGAAAGGCCCUUUGAUGAAACCAGGAUGUUGUAUGUGAACAACAGGAUGGAUAGGAUUAUCCUAAUCCUAAAGCUCCUUCUCGAUCAUCUUAGCAUCUUGGAAACGAUGCAUCCCGUGUCAUACUUCAACUUCCGGGAUUAUCUCUCACCAGCCUCCGGUUUUCAAAGCGCCCAAUUCCGGGUAUUCGAGAACAAAGUGGGAAUCAAACCGGAUGACCGCAUUCCAUACAUGAUGGAGGAAUACCAAGCGAAAUGUAAUCCGGACAAACAACAAAACAUUCUCGACGCCGCGGAUGAGGACACGCUCUUCCGGAUUGUAGAGCGAUGGCUGGAGCAGACACAUGGAUUGGAGGAAGAUGGAUUCAAUUUUUGGAAGAGAUUCGGUGAGAAGGUAGAUGAACGUCUCAAGGAUAUCAAGGACAGGGAAGAGGUGGCCGAUGCUGAAGAAAAGCCUGUAUUAAAGAAGGAGCACGAUGUAUGCAAGGAUAUCUUUCAAAAAGUUCUCAACGAGGAUGAAUAUAAGAAAUUACUGGCAAGAAAGGAAGUAAGACUUUCACACAAAGCUCUACAGGGGGCGCUAAUGAUCUCCUUCUACCGGAAUGAGACAAGGCUCCAGCAAUCAUUUCAGUUCUUGACUAAACUCGUUGAUGUGGACGCCUUUUUGAGCAAAUGGCGAUACAAUCAUGUACUGAUGGUACAUCGUAUGAUUGGUGCUAAACCAGGAGCAGGGGGAUCGUCCGGUUACCACUAUCUCAAGGCAACUAUCAGUGACAAGUACCGAGUAUUUCUAGACUUUUUCAACCUUUCGACCUUCUACUUACCCCAGAAGUUCGUUCCUGUGCUUACUGAGAGUAUGAAAACUUUCCUUUCCCCGGCUGGGAAUCAAAAGUAGUCAAUGAUAUUGUCAGGGACCCGUUUCAUAAAACUUUUCAUUAGCAGUUAAAAGCUACCGAAAUCUUUCUAUUGGAUUGGCUAACGAUAAAUUUAUAGAAAUCGGACAUUUUGUACUGUAACACGUCUCUAUGAAAUGGGACCGAGAUCUUCAAUUCAAUUCAGGACCCUGUUGCAUAAAGUUGUACUUAACCCUUUAGCACCUAGAGCCUGCGUGAAAUGUGUCGGUUUACUCACUUGCGGAAAGGGCUAUGCUGUGUUUCAAUCAGAUUUUUUCAAUUAGUAUUGCUCUUAAUACAUAUUUUUUGUGCAGAAUUUGGACAGCAAACAUGCAAUGGGUUAUCCACAACAAGUAUGGGCAGGUUUCAUCACAUAUUUUUGAUACUGUCUUGACUAUAGCAUGCUUAAGUCAGGCGGUUUAGUGGGUAAGCUGACCGCCGCUCUCAGGCGGCUUAGAUACUAAAGGGUUAACUAAACAAAAAUCAAUCGAAAAUUCAUAGUACAUGAUUUUGAUUGGUUGACAAUCAAAUCAGAUAUAUA